AUGCCAGUGGCAACAGAGACAGCAAACAAGGUCGUGCUUAUCACAGGUGGAAACAGCGGCACUACCACAAUCGUGCUCGCCUGCCGCAACCUCGCCAAGGCCACAGGAGGCUCGCGCGUGGUUCAGCUGGACACUAGCAGCAUAGCCUCAGUGCAGCAGGCAGCAAAGGAGAUCCUGGGGAGGUUCACUAGGCUCGAUCUUCUGUGCUGCAAUGCGGGAGCAAUGCCAAUCGACAAGUUCAAUGUUGCGGCGGUGCUGAAGAGCCUGGCGACGGAUCCGGCCAGAUUCUUCGAGUCGUCAGUGGCGUUUGACCAGAAGCGCGGAUUGGUGACGGGCGACGGCCUGGGGACGACCUUUGCGACCAACGUGUUUGGGCACUAUUUGCUGAUCCACAAGCUCCUGGAUCUCCUGUCGCAGUCUCGGGCGCGCGUGGUCUGGACCGGCUCGGCGGCCAACAGCCUGCAGUUUUCACGCGCCGACUACCAGCACGUGCACGGCGCGAUGCCGUACGAGUCGUCAAAGUACAUAGUGGAUCAGAUCGUGCAGCCGCUGGACGAGAGGCUGGCGCUGCGCAAUGUGCGGUGUUUUGUGGUGGAGCCCGGGAAUGUGUGCUCGGCGUUUCUGUCGAGCUACAACAUGCCAUUCUUUGAGGCGCUGGUGUUUGUGUUUUUCGUCUUGGUUCGGGUCGUGGUGGGCAUGGAGCGGCUGACGAUUUCGCCCGAGAACGGGUGCGACGAGCUGGAUGCGAGGAUCAAAUACUAUAGCUGUGCGUCGCGGCUAGGCAGGCCGUUUGUCGACAUGAAGCCGAUCAAAUACGAUAAGGAUGUGGGCAGGUUCCUGAUCGGCAAGCUUGACAAGCUGGUUGAAAAGUACGACAAGUAA